UGUUGACAAAGCCUCUCCCCUCUCGCCUCAUCUCUCCCUCCUCUCUCUCUCUCUCUCUCUUUCCCUGUUCCUCACGCUUUCACAUCGAUGAACACGCUGUGUGAUGAUUGCUACAUGUGGGCAACAGUAGAUGUCUCCAUACAAGAAGAGAGACAAGCUAACCCUGUCGGAGAAAAGAGACAUCUCCAGGCUCACUCAAAGGGCUGCCAUCUAUAACAGCAGUGCGCUCUAAAGGCAAAGCAACCCUAGAGCUCAAUAGUUGUAUUCGUACGACACAAUCAUCUGGACGAGAUUGCAUUGCAAGGAAAUUCAGGCCAUGAAAACUAGACUAGGGUGUCUGUCUAACAAGUCUGACUCAUGCAGCGAUUUUUCAGAAUUCCUACCCCCUACUCAAGAGAGGUCUACAAGAUAUUUAAAGCUGUCCAAUGAUGAAGUGUCCAGAUGGGCGGAGUCGUUUGAUGCGCUGCUGUCCAAUAAAUAUGGUAUGACAGCCUUCAGAACCUUCCUCAAAACAGAGUUUAGCGAUGAAAACAUUGAGUUCUGGUUGGCGUGUGAAGACUAUAAAAAGAUCAAAUCCCCUGCUAAGAUGAUGUCUAAAGCCAACAAGAUCUACAAGGAAUUUAUUGACGUCCAUGCACCCAGAGAGGUCAACAUAGACCACAGAACCAGAGAGGAAACCAAACGGAAGCUUCUGGAGCCAACGUCCAACAGCCUGAAUGAAGUCCAAGCAAAAAUAUACAGCCUCAUGGAGAAAGACUCCUAUCCCCGGUUUAUACGAUCAAAAAUCUAUCAGGACUUACUGAACAGAACACAGAUGCACUGUCAGAGAAAAUCAGUUUAAAUGAAUGUCUAUUAAAGACUUUUGGCUUGCCUGAUUAGUUGAUAUUGAGAAAAAACACAGACUUUAUUUGAGGAGCUCAGAUGCAAAAGGUGCUAAACGCCACCACCUCCAAAAAUGAGAUAAUGAUAUUUACUGAAUGCUCUCGGUGCGUAUUACACAUUGAUCAAAUACUUCUGCUUAAUCCCAGCCUCAGGUCAUUCAGGAAUACCGGUUUGUUGGCAGAAUCCAUUAAGAGUCUGAUACAUGAGUAUUAGACUCACUUAGUGAGCUUUGGCAUCUGAGCUCUUCAACUGUGAUAUAUAGCAUAGUCUGGGUGUUUGUAGAUACUUUAUGAGUAAUCAGAAAAAGAUUAGUCAAAAACAAACUAGUUCCUUACUAGUUGGUGCAUCUAAAGUAAAACAUGGCCCUGUACUGUGGUUUAUUCGUAACAUGUGACUCUCCCUCAUAAUUGUGAUAGAAUGGUCAAUGUUCUUUCUGAAUGCUGGCAAGCAUGAAAAUGUAAAUAUAGUCUCUACAUGGAUAAUAUGUUUUAGUAGAGAAUAAUAAUUUAUUUUUCUUAUCUUUAAUGUACCUUACAUAUUUCAACUGAAUUGUUGUGUUUCAUGGAUUGUUUUCCCAAAAAUAAAAAUUCUAAAUAAUAUAAUUUAGAAUAUAAUUUCUUUGUUCUGCUGAACACAAAGGAAGAUAUUUGUAAUAAAGCAGGAAACAGAAGCACCACUGACAUCCAUAGUAGGAAAAAUCCAACUAUGGAAGUAAAUAGUUCUCUUUUGUUACAAACAUUGCUUAAAAUAUAUUCCUUUGUAUUCAGCAGAACAAAAAUGAAUAUGUAAAUGUCGACAAAAUUUUCAUUUUUGGGUAAACUAUCCCUUUAAGACUGUUUUAAGACUGUCAACCCAUGACAUGCCUACUGUGUUACUGCAUGCAGUCCUGGAUUGCACACACGGCCCACGCACUAUUCUGAUUGGCUGAGAUUUUGUGUCGCAUCACAACUUGCUUGCCACUGGAAUAUUGUUGGUGUAAUACUUAAUAAACUCCAAUAAAUAAACUCACACACACAACACCAGAAGUGGGGGGAAAUAUUUUCCGGUGUGGCAUUAUUUAUUUAGAUUUAUUCUUUCACACCGUCACUGUAAAAAGUAAAAAGUUGGAUAUAUAUAAAAAAAAAAUAUUCGACUUUUCACUUUUUACAGUGUUGAUGUUCUUAUGGUUUACAAUGGCACGUUCUGUAGUGAUUAAUACUUUAUAAAGUAAAGCAUGUCACAUCUGUCACAUCAGCUGCUUUGUCUGGUUUUUAGUUCAAUAUACGAAACACUUUUCAGAUUUUGCUUGUCAAGCUACCAAAUAUGGGUCACUAAUCUUUCUAGCAGACACAGUUAAACCACAUCUAUUUUUUUAUAACCAAAUAGGUUUCCGCCUGUUCUGCAGUAACUUUAGACAUGUAACUAUAUGACAAUAUUUUGACAGAUGAAAAAAUUGAUUUUUUUAUUAAAAAGAUUGCAACAUGCAAUGAUACUACACUAAACUAAAAAAUGAUGUACAACGUUUAAGUUUUAUGGAGUUUGUAAUGACACGUUCAUGGGUUUGAUUCCUCAAAAAUGCAUAUAUACUGUAUAGAAUAGUACAUAAUAGAAAAAAAUAACCAAGACUUAAUAUUGUAACAGCUAUGUGGCAUAAUAAACAAUACUACAAUAAAUACACGGUCAGAAAAAGGGUCAAAAAUGGUCCCUGGGUCUCUGUCACUGGGGCAGUACCCUUUAUAAAGGUCCUAAAAUGUACCCAAUAUGCUAUUUGGUACCAGUAUGUACAUCUGAUGUACUAAUUUUAAGUCUUUAGCUGCAAAUGUGUACUUUUUAAAAGAAUAUCGCCCCAGAGAAAGCGAAGUGUAGUUAUACAAUGUCCAAAGACAAAUUGCAGUCUCUACAGUGCACACAGAUGUGAACCCCAUGGCUCAUUCUGGC